AUGACGCAGUACGACCACAUCGGCGCUCAGUACGAGCAGGCGAAUGAGCAGUUCUACAAGUUCCUCGAGGGCAAGCUCAUGGAAAACGCCCUCCGCCCCGAGAUCGCCGACCGGCCCGGCCUGAAACUGCUCGAGUUUGCCGCCGGCACCGGCUUCUACACCUCGCGCGCGCUCGCCUGGAGCGCCCCCGACACCUCGCUCACCUCCAUGGAUAUUUCCCGGGCCAUGCUCGACGUCACCGCCGGGAACAACGCGACCGCCGUCUCCUCCGGGCGUCUGCGCCUCCUCCUCGCUGACGGCGCCCACCCGCGCUCCUACGCGCCCGACGACCAUAGCGAGGAGUACUUUGACGGCGCGUUUGGCGGCUGGUUCCUCAACUACGCCGAGGGCCGCGAGACGCUGCGCAGCAUGUUCGACAACAUCGCGCUCAACCUCCGGCCCGGCGGCUUCUUCGUCGGCGUGGUGCCGUAUCCGGAGGAGGACCUGGCGGCACGCGGGCGCGCGUGCAAGGAGCCGCCGCUGCGGGACAUCUACCCGUUCCUGGACUUUACGCGGCCGCUGGAGGACGGCUCGGGGUGGUGGUUCACGUGCCACGUGGACGAGACGCUGAGCUUCGAGACGGCGCACCACCGCAGGUCGGUGUUUGAGGAGGUCGCGAGGGAGGCCGGCUUUUCUGAGAUGGAGUGGUCGCCGGCGAACCUCCCGCGUGAGGAGUUCAUCUCGCGGGGGGCGGUGGUGAAGAAUGACCUGUCUCCGGAGGUGUACAAGGCGUACGCGGAUGUUGGGAUCCUUGCGGUAAUCAAGGUUUACAAGAAAUAA